UUUUUUUUCAUUUUACUUGUACAGUUACCAUUAUUAACUCAUGUUGAAAGAGCCGCAAACGAGUACAAAUUUCUUGAAAAGGAGUAAUGAAUUUACUUUCCCCUCUCCACUCUUAGCGUCACCUCAUCAAUCACAAGGAAAAUAUAAAACUAAAUUAAUAAAUAGACGGCAGUCGAUUACAAGGAAUACAGCAUCAAGUCUUGCAAAGAUAGUGCGUCCUAAUUCAAAUGAAAAGCAAAAUACGACUGUAAUUCUUCCUGAUUCAGCUACAGUAGUUAAUCAAAGACAACAGUCAUCCACAAUGAAAACUAGGAAACAAUCAUUGAAUGUGAUAAUCCCAAUAGAUAGCAAACCAUUAACAAUGAUGGAUCAUGUUGGUACGACUGAUAAAAUUCAAAAAAGAAGGCAAUCUUGGUCUCCAGUGAAAGCAGGUGCUUCUUCAUCGCCCAAUCCAGUACAGGUCAUAAAUGAAACAGCACCAGGAAAUCCUUCUUCUAAUUCACCAAUACCAGAAAGAAAGGUCCUUUUGACAUUAAAAAAAGAUAGUGAUGCCAACAGUACAAUCUCUUUUGCUAGUAAUAAUACUUGUGAUAACCUUUCUAUUAAAGAUUUGAGUAAAAAUACACCUAAAAAACCAACAUCAAAAACUUCUUUUACCGAAGAUAUUACCAACAUGAAGCAUGCAUCAUCAUCAUCAUCAUCAUCAACAUUAACAAUAUCAUCAUCUAGAUAUUCCUAUAAACAAACAUCUAAAACAUCUUCUCGAAAUAAUCCUAUCACUAAUAACAUUAAGAAAAAUUCAAUUACUGAGCAUGCAGGGAAAAAUCAAUCAUUAAAUUCCCUUGAAACUCCUUCUGCAUCUUUAUCACCAACUCCUGAUAAUACUUUCUAUAAUCCUUCCUCACAAGGAUGUACAUAUUUUGAGUAUAAUAAAUACAUUUCGGAUGACAAUGAGCAGUUGCCAGGUUACAUGAGACGUCCUAUUUGUGUAGCAUGCAAUCGCAACGUUAAAGUUACGUCAAUUUCUGAAAAUACGGCACACAGUCAUUACAACACUAUGAACAAUAGAUUUUCAAGUACAAUGUCUCUAAAAAAUAAUAAUAGUAAUAGUAGUAGUAGUAGUAGUAGUAGUAAUAAAAGAAAGUCUUCCUCAAUUUCUGCUACAACAGUGACGAAGAAUCAUGAUCAUUUUUCAAACGACAUGAAUCCAUUGAAAUUUUGUAUUCCAAAUAAUAAUAAAUACAACAUCGUGACGAAAAAGACAAAAAGCUCUGAGACUAUUACUGAAAGAAAUAGCAAUGUUCCUAUUGAUCAUUCGGAUUCUACAACUCAGAUGAUAGAAGCAACAUCAACAGUGUGUUUAGAUACGUCCAUGAGUAGUCAGCAAAGUGAUAAAAGUAUACCUAAUAAUAAGAAAGAUGAAUAUUCUCGAUACCCUAGCAGUAGUAACGAUCAUCAAAAAAUAAACUUUAGAGCAGAUUGUCCUACAUCACCCAUCCCUACCGCUACCCAACGAAGAACAAAUGAUGUUACUCUUCAAAGAACGAACUUCAUUUGUUCAUCGCACCUUGACAGCCAACCUCAAACUUCCUCAAGGCAGCAACUCAAAAACAGAAUAUCUGAUCCAUCAUUAUUGCAUCUUCCCAUUACCACCAUUAAAAAAUGGGCUACACUCUUAUCCCAGCAGCAACAACAACUUCUUUUUAUUCUUAUGCAAAAUGGCAAGAAUGAUGAAGAUUUAAAAUUAAUCCGAAAUAAUAUCAAAGUAGUAACAAAUCAGGAACAAUUUGAAACGGCCCUAUUCGAAACACAGUUAGAGAUUUUACAAAAAUUUACCACCAUGCUACAACAAAGAAAAAAGGAAACCUUGUUUUCUUCACCUAUUACUACUAUAUACAACAACAACAACAACAACAACAACAGUCAUGGAUUGUUAUCUACUAAAAAUGAUAUCCGUGAGGAAAAUGAGGCGGUAUUCAGGUCACUGAUGAAACCAACAAGUUGGCAAACAAAAUUAGAAUAUGGUGCUGUUCGUUUAAAAUGGAAUGUAAACCGAUGGAUAGGAAAUUUGAUUGUUGGCACAGGUGAUAUUGAGGCACAUGAAUAUGAUCCACUUGGGUAUCCUAAAGAUGUUAUUAUUUCUGGUAUCUGUGUCACUACUGAACUUGAAUUACUUCCAAAGGUAAGCAUCCAGUUCUUCUUCUUUUUUUUUCCCCUUAUAUAACUUACAUGUCUUCAUGUUUAAAGAGCUUUCAAAAAUAUUACAAACCAAACCAUGAUGGUUCAAGAGAGAUUAUUUGCCAUAAAUACAUUAUAAGGUUAAAUAGAGAAAAGCGUUUAACAACUUUUCAACUAUUAGAAAAAGGAAAAUGGGCAA